AUGCUGUCCAGAGCUGCCCGCCCGGCGCUAAGGGCCGGUGCUGCCGUCUCGUCCCGAGCGGCCGCUCCCGCAGCCACCUUCGCGACGUUGCGCGAGAUUGAGGGCCGCCUCAAGUCGAUUCGCAACAUCGAGAAAAUCACCAACACCAUGAAGAUUGUCGCCUCGACCAAGCUGACCCGCGCUCAGCGUGCCAUGAGCGAAUCCCGCAGUUACGGCGAGACCAGCAACCAGGUAUUCGAGUCGGCCGAGACCAAGGGACUUGAGGGCGAGGGCAAGAAGAAGCUGCUGGUUGUCUGCAGCUCCGACAAGGGUCUCUGCGGUGGUGUCCACUCCGGCUUGUCUCGCUACAUCCGCCGGAGGGCGCUUGAGGACUCCAACUUCGACCUGGUUAUCCUCGGCGAGAAGUGCCGCUCGCAGCUGCAACGGACCAACGCUAAGAACAUCGUGCUUAGCUUCGCCGGCGUUGGCAAGGACGUGCCCACUUUCGCCGAGGCCCAGGCUGUCGCUGACCAGGUUGUCCUGCUCCCCGGCGAGUACUCUGAUGUUGAGAUCAUCUACAACAAGUUCGUCAAUGCUCAGACCUAUGAGCCGACCUCUGUCCCAGCCUUCAGCGAGGAAGCCAUCGCUGCAUCUCCCAACUUUGCUGCCUUCGAGGUCGACGAGGAGCUCCUCUCCAACCUCCGCGAGUAUGCGCUCGCCAACUCCCUGUUCUGGGCUCUUUCUGAAGGCCACGCUUGCGAGAUCUCUGCCCGCCGCAACGCCAUGGAUAACGCUUCCAAGAACGCCGGCGAGAUGAUCAACAAAUACCAGAUUCUGUUCAACCGCACUCGCCAGGCCGUCAUUACCGGCGAACUGGUCGAAAUUAUCACUGGUGCCACUGCCUCGGAGGACAUGUAA